AUGCGCGCCGUCAGCACCACCUCCCUCGUCGCCGCCGCCGCGGCUGCCGUCGUCGGUCUGUCCGGCAGCGCCUCGGCCCAGCUGGACCCAUCGCUGAUCAACGGCCUGUCGGGCAACUGCGCCUCGUCGCUCGUCGGCCUCGUGACCAACUCGAACAUCUCGUCGUGCCUGGCACUGCCCAAUGCCGUUGGCGCUCUCACCAGUGCUGGCAACAGCUCCGUCGUCCCGGGGCUGCAGAACUAUCUGUCCAACUCGAUCUGCGGCUCGGGCAAGACGGCGUGCACGCAGGCACAGCUCGCGACGGCCAACGGGACGCUGCUGCAGAGCUGCGGGUCGGAUCUGCAGAGCAACAACGGCGCCAACAUCCCGGCUCUGGUGUAUUACUUUAUCAACUCGUACGACAAGCUGCGUACCGCGGGCUGCUUGCAGAACAGCGCCGGCGAGUACUGCCUCACCAAAGAAAUGUACGCCCUCCAGAACACCACCCAGCAGCCGAUCAGCUUCAGCACGAUCCAGAGCAUCCUCGGCAACGAAACCACGCAGCAGCAGAGCCUCCAGGCUCUGGCAGCCAACAAGACCGCCUUCUGCACAGACUGCACCCACGGCCUCUACGCGGUUCUGUUCCCCAACAACUCCAACCAGCGCCUCGCCGGUGCGGUUAACGGCACGUGCAACUCGACCUUCCUCGACGGAAAGGUCCCCUCGACCCUCAAGAGCACCGCAGACGGCAACUCGACCGCCACCUCCUCCAGCAGCGGCACGGGCAAGUCCUCGGGCACGACCUUCCACGUCGGCGCCAUCGCCGCUUUCGGCUCUGCUCUCGCUGCCGUCGCUGCCGGCCUCGCUCUGCUCUAA